UAAAAGGGGUUGAAAGUUUGUAUGGGGUUCAAAUAUUAUUAUAAGCUAGGAACUUGAAACGUUGUUAAAAGGUAUUUUUUCAAGAAAACAAAUUUCAGCGUUUUUGAAAAUUCAUCCCCCAAGGUGGUGAAAAGGGGGUUGAAUAUUUGUAUGGAUAUCAAACAUUUUUGUGAGUGCGGGACUUGAAUCUUUGUUUAAAGGCAUAUUAUUAGAAUAUAAGAAAAGUAAUCUAAAAGGGUUAAAAAGGGGUCGAAAGUAGGAAUCCAGUACAAAUAAUGCUUUAAACCUUUUUAGAACAUAACAUUACUUAAAUAAGCUGGGAAAUUGAAACUUGGUAAAAGGGCAUUAUAUUAAAAUAGAGUUGGUCAAAAAAUUGUUGAAAGUUUGCAUCAGGAACAAAAUUUUUUGUAAACAGUGAACUUGAAAUGUCGUAAAAGGACACAAUAAUAGAAAACGAGAAAAGUGAUUUCAGCGUAUUUAGAAAUGUAUUCCCUAAGGGAGUUAAAAUGGAUUGAAAGUUAUGAUUAAUCUCCUAAUUCGAUGAAAAAGGGUUGAAAGUUUGCAUCGGGAGCGAACAUUAUUUUAAAUAGUGGAUUUGAAAGUUUUCGAAGGGGGCUGAGAAUCCCUCUCAGAAUAUCCAGAACAUUUUUUUCAGAUAGGGGCUUGAAACUUCGUUAGUUGGGACAAACAAAUCUUAGGCGUUAUGUAAUAAUCAACAAUUGAUUAACCGUCCCUACUGCUAUCUUUUGCUGCAUAAUUUAUUUUAUUUAUUUGUUGAAAACACGUUUAUAUGACAUUACAGUUUGUAACUAAUGCACCAUGAAAGUUAAGUACAUAUACAGUAUUAUUAUACAUUUAUAAGACUAUAUUUUUACAGUUGAACAACUAUCAUCCAUUCUCUCACGAAACCUCAGACAUUCACUGCACACAGACGUCCAUCGCCACGCAAACAUAUAAACAUAAUGUUCUAAUACGCUUAUGUAUAGAAUAUAUAACCACCGACAUAAAAAUCCACGCGUACAAUGUUGCGGGCAACAGCUAGUAAAACAUGGCCGCCAUUUUUUUCUUUACUUUUGGUAUGAUCAUGGCAAAAAUCCGAAAACGCCUUUUCACCAGUGUCUGAUCCACCAAACUAUGCUGGUAGUGCCAUUCUAAUUAAUUGUGGGUUCCUUCUACAUUGAGUGGUUUGGCAAUCCAUAGAAAAAAUUAUCUCCUAAGGCUCUCAAAGUUUAUGCACACCUCCUGACAUUGCGCCAACUCGGCUUACACGCAUUUAGGACGAAAUGUGACGUUUUCACUCAAAAGGUACCACAUUGUCGUUUGUCGAUAAGGUUGAUUUUAAAUUGAAGCUAUAUGGAAAUAGCGCCUUAUUGACAACCGACAAUAAGUACCUUUUUGGUUGCCUGCCUCUGCUCCUACCUGCCUGCGCCCAUGUAAUUUAUUUACCUAAGUUUAUUUUUAUACAACGUGUCUCUACCCUCUGGACAUAGAUGAAUAGGACUUGUCGAUGAGGGUAUUUCUAACCUAUGUAAAAAGUCUCAUUUCAAACGCCACAGUAUGAACGGAGCCAAACAGCCUGUAUGUAGAUACACGGUAAUUAAUGAGUAUGUCAUGUCACUAGUGUCACUUUAAUCUUGGCGCCUUUGUGAACGACCAAUACAGAAAGCUCCUAUUUAUUGAUGAUUUAUUUGUUUUAAUUAACCUUAUUAAUUUUUUUAAAUGUUUACUUAAUCAAAUAAUUUACCAUAGUAGAACAUUCCUGAGAAGGAACUCUACACGUGAUCUCGGUCAAUGUCCAGAGAGUAGAGAUAUACAAAACCCCAAAAGCAAAAUCCCCAUAAAAACGCGUAUAAAAAAUCAGCCAAGAGCAUGUCGGCCCAUGCUCAGUGUAGGGUUUCGUAGUUACCUUUCUGUCAAAAUAGGUCAAACGGGGCUAUUAGUAAGUAUCAUGUAAGUACAUUACAAGCAUAAGGAAGUACCUUUGCCGCGCUUUGUACUCUUUUACUAAGAAGAGAAGAAUUUUUGCACUAAUUCAAAAACGACUAGAUCGGUCAUGUUCGCUAUAGUUUUCAAUGAAAGUAUUGAUUAAGCUUUUGUUUCACGAUGUUUUUCAUAUUUUUUGGGCCCAUGGUUCAAAAGUUAGAGGAUGGGUGGGGUGAGGUGGGAAAAUAUUAACUUUAUCAAAGAAAGAUCUAUCCAACGAUCAAAGCAAAAAAAAUAAUUAAAAAAAUCAUUUUGUAUCAUAAUAAAAAAAAAUACUUUUAAUGUGCAUGAUUUAUGUAUUCAUGCCAAAUUGCAACUUUCUAACAACAAUAACGAAUUGCGAUUUUUUGAUGUCGGUUAAAAACAAUAAAAGAUUUGAGACACUAUAACCUGACUACGGAAUUUUAUUCAUGCUUAAACCUGAAUCUUUACAUUAGAAUAAGUGCGAAAAAAAUAAGGUCUUAUUCCAACAUAAAUGAUUUACCGUGACGUGAUAAUGUGAUAAUAUAUAUCUAAGACAUCUAUCAAACUUAAUGUUCAACAGCAAUCAUUAUUAAUUGCUAUCUUAUUUGUGAACACUAUAUCUUUAUCUGAUACCUAAAAUAGUAUAAAUGCUGUGAUUUUGUUGAAUUAUCUAAAACUUCCGCGUUGCCAUGUGGGGUAAAGUUUUCGUGUUAUGUGCGGCGGUGGUAAGCGCGGCUGCAAGCCGUUUACCUUAUGCCGAAGAGUUGGAGCUGCUUAUAAAAUCGAGUGAAAUUGGUUCUAGACUAUCUGAUAACAUACUCGAAGAUGCUCGUCUGGAUGUGCCCGGACUGAUUAAGAAGUAUGGGUAUCCCUUGGAAAUCCAUACACUUACAACAAGUGAUGGUUAUAUCCUGAAUAUGCACCGAAUUCCACACGGUCGGGAUCAGAAUACUGACCCUAAUGUUAGAAGGCCGGUUGUUUUCUUGAUGCAUGGGCUACUUUCAUCUUCGGCGGAUUGGGUCUUGAUGGGACCUGGUACUGCAUUUGGUUAUAUCCUGGCCGAAGCCGGCUACGAUGUCUGGAUGGGGAAUGCUCGCGGGAACACAUAUUCGCGGGAGCACAUCAAGCUUCGCCCUGACGCCAUCUUCAACACAGAUUUUUGGGAAUUCUCUUGGGAUGAGAUCGGAAACAUUGACUGCCCUGCAAUGAUCGACUACAUACUCGCACACACUGGCAACGACAGACUUCACUACAUUGGCCACUCCCAAGGAACCACUACUUUCUUCGUUAUGGGCUCCCUUCGACCUGAUUACAACGAGAAGAUAAUUUCCAUGCACGCCUUAGCUCCUUCUGCGUAUUUUGCCAACAGCCAAAAUCUCUUAUUGAGAGCUAUUGCUCAAUUUACCGAUCCACUAGAUAGUCUGGCUCGUAUUAUUGGUUUAGGUGAAUUCAUGCCUAACAAUCUCAUCAUGGCAUGGGCUGGUCAGGCCCUGUGCAUGGAUGAAGUGAUUUUCCAACCGAUUUGCUCCAAUAUUCUGUUUCUUCUGGGUGGAUGGAACGAGGCCCAGCAUAAUGCGACAAUGAUUCCAGUGAAGCUAGCCCACACUCCAGCGGGAUCUUCUACAAGGCAAUUAGUACAUUACGGCCAAAGUGUAAAAGACAAGACGUUCAAGCGCUUCGACCACGGCUUGUUAAAAAAUAGGAGAAUUUACGGUAGCUACAGAGCACCUGCGUACAAUCUUGGAAGAAUAACAGCUCCAGUCUUUAUUCACUACUCUGCCUCGGACCCGUUGGCACAUGUUAACGAUGUCCAAAGGCUGUUUAAUGAACUUGGCAGACCAGUAGGUAUUUUCCGGAUUCCUGAUCCCAAUUUCAGCCAUCUUGACUUUAUUUGGGGAAAAGAUGCCAAAACUCACGUAUAUGACCGGGUUAUAAAUCUGCUCCAAUCCAUGGAUAUACAUGGUUCACUACAGGUUUAAUGAUAAUUGUGGACUGGUUUCGGAAAGCGGCAGCAAACUCUAAAUCUUGAUCAAAGUUUCACGCAUACUUUUUGAACUUACCGACAUUUUCUUGUCACAUGAUGGUUGGCCAGAUUAUAACUUAUGGCGUCUAAAAAUGCCUCGAAUUCGCCCAAAUAUUUGUGAUGCAUCUCUUACUCUGAGAUGCAGAGCCAAUAUUUGCGCAAAUUACGGUGAAAUGUUGGAUUCAAUAAAGAUUGUUUUGUAAACCCACAA